AUUGUUAUAAAUACAUUUUGGACUCACUGUAGUAACAAAACAAGCCCUUUGAGCUGGCUUGGUGUUGGUGGGGUUGAAUCUGCUUGGGAAAGUGCCGUUCUUUCCUUCCCCAAUGAACCCAGAAGCAAGUCAACCUCCCUCCGGUCCUACCUCGCAGGCUGAUACUCCCCCGCCGCCGAUGCCAGCCUCAACUCAGCCUCCAUUCGAUCCUAGUCGAAUGAUCGGAAUCAUCAAAAGGAAGGCCUUGAUAAAAGAGUUAGCUGCUGUAUACCACACUGAGUGUCUUGCAUACUGUCAAGAACUUUUGGAACUUCAGAAAAAAUGGGAAGAGCCUCCUAUAGAUAUUAAAUCUCCUAAUGAUUCAAGGAAAGAGAAAAUAAGGCCCCCAAAACCAAAACGUGUAAAGAAGACUCGCUAAGCAUGUAGUAAGAUGAUGAACUACAUCUGGAAUUUCACGACAUUCCCGCAUCUAGCUAAGAAGCAUCUCUAUCAGGGAGGAGAAAUGGUAGAGGCUAAAAGGGAAUCAGGUCGUAUGCUUGGCGUAGGUGCUCUAUACUAUGUGAUAUGUGGACACCCUGGUUGUCAUUCUAACCCAUAUAACCCUGGAUCAUCACUUAAAGCACUUGUAUCAUAAUUAGUUGUAAUGUUACCGGGUUCUGUCACUCCACACUUUUUUUUCAGGUUCAAAUCUUUCAAUCUAUAACUGGUCUUUCGGGUCUAAUGGUUCGUUCUAAAUCUAAGU